AUGACCACAGUAGACACCCUAGGGUGGAGCGUUCAGGACUGGCUAGCGUUCCAUGCCAAAACCACGCCAGAGGCAUCGCUGGCGGCGCUGAGCGCUCUUCUCAGCGCACAGAAGUGCGCACCACAGGAUCCAGCUUGGAUUUCGCUGGUUUCACCAGAACAUCUAGAACACCAAUGGCGCAUGCUACAAAGCAAGGGCGACAAGAAGAACCUGCCACUGUACGGUGUGCCAGUGGCAGUCAAAGACAACAUCGACGCUGCGGGUUGCAACACCACGGCUGCAUGUCCAGCGUUUUCUUACACGCCCGAGCGUGACGCUAGCACAGUGGCGCUGCUCAGAGCUGCGGGUGCCAUCGUAAUUGGAAAAACAAACCUCGAUCAAUUCGCGACAGGUCUGGUGGGCACCAGAUCGCCUUACGGCAAAACACCGUGCGUUUUCAGCGACAAACACGUUUCUGGAGGCUCUUCUGCGGGCUCGGCGUCUGUUGUGGCUCGAGGGAUUGUCCCACUGGCGCUGGGUACGGAUACUGCUGGCUCUGGAAGAGUACCAGCAGCGCUCAACAACCUUAUCGGGCUCAAGCCUACUAAGGGCGUGUUUUCAUGCGCUGGUGUCGUUCCUGCGUGCAAAUCUUUGGACUGUGUGUCUAUUUUCGCGCUCAACCUCGGAGACGCUGAGAGGUGUUUCAAGGUCCUAGCGCAGUACGACCCUGACCAUGACGAAUACUCUAGAACUAUGCCAGCCAACCCAUUGCAGAAGUUCGCCAAAAAUGUCACAAUCGCGAUUCCUAAGGAGUUGCCAUGGUAUGAUGAGAAAGAGAACUUUAAGCACUACGCUGCGGCCGUGAAAAAUCUCGAAAAGACUGGCGCUAAAGUGGUGGAGCUCGAUUUCGAGCCCCUGCUCGAGCUGGCGCGCUGUUUAUACGAAGGCGCCUGGGUAGCCGAACGUUACGAAGCUACAAGAGACUUUUUCGCCACGAAUCCCCCAGAGUCAUCCUUGGACCCUACCGUAACCAAGAUUAUCAAGGGAGGUGCCAACUACAGUGCCGCUGAUGCCUUCAAAUUCGAGUACAAAAGACAAGGAAUCCUACAACGGGUGAACAAGGUUCUGGAGUCUAUCGAUGUUUUGUGUGUACCUACCUGCCCACACAAUCCAACUUUUGAGCAGCUUGAAGCCAUGCCAGUUGAAAUGAACUCAAGACAAGGCACAUGGACAAACUUCGUUAAUCUUGCUGACAUGGCUGCCCUCGCAGUGCCCUGCGGCUUCCGCUCAGACAAACUUCCUACCGGCAUCACUUUAAUUGGUAAGAAGUUCACAGACUAUGCUCUAUUGGAUCUUGCCAACAGAUACUUCAAAGUCGCAUUCCCAAAUAGCUCAAGGACGUAUGGUAAGUUUCUCUCAACCCCCAUCACAACGCAAGACGAAAUUGAGGGGCCAUCUUUCUCUUCUUCCGAUUCAAUUAAACUUGCUGUCGUUGGUGCCCACCUCAAGGGUCUGCCGCUACACUGGCAGCUAGAGAAAGUUAACGCUCAAUACCUCGGCUCUCCCAAAACAUCACCAAAUUAUCGCCUCUACGCACUGCCCAAGAACGGCCCGGUUUUGAAGCCAGGUCUGAGAAGAAUUGGGUCCGACGGCGGCGCCCAAAUUCAACUUGAAGUGUACAGCGUGCCCAAGGACCAAUUUGGUACUUUUAUCUCUAUGGUACCUGAGCCCCUGGGAAUUGGUUCAGUCGAGCUAGAAAACGGCGAAUGGGUCAAAUCAUUUAUCUGUGAAGAAUUCGGCUACGUUCAAAAAGGAACUGUGGAUAUCACAGAGCUUGGCAGUUUUAAAGUAUAUGUUGAAAAGUUAGCCAAGGAGGAAAGUGAAAAGAAGAAGCCUUUCGAAACCGUUUUAGUGGCUAACAGAGGUGAAAUUGCCGUUCGCAUCAUGAAGACUUUGAAAAAGUUGAACAUCAAAUCAGUCGCCGUUUAUUCAGACCCCGACAAAUACUCGCAACAUGUCACUGAUGCUGACAUUUCAGUUCCUUUGAAUGGAAGAACUGCGGCUGAAACAUACCUUGAUAUUGAAAAAAUAAUUGCUGCUGCUAAAGAGACAAAAGCUGAAGCCAUUAUUCCUGGCUAUGGCUUCUUAUCAGAAAAUGCUGACUUUUCAGACAGAUGCGCUGCUGAGGGUAUAAACUUUGUCGGUCCCACUGGUGACGCCAUCAGAAAGUUAGGUCUGAAGCAUUCUGCGAGAGAAAUUGCUGAAGAGGCCGGUGUUCCCCUGGUUCCAGGUUCCGACCUUGUCAAAACUCCUCAAGAAGCUAGAGAAAUAGCGAAAAAGCUCGAAUAUCCCGUUAUGGUAAAAUCCACUGCUGGCGGUGGCGGUAUUGGGUUACAGAAAGUGGAUUCAGAGGAAGAUAUCGAACGAGUUUUUGAAACUGUUCAGCAUCAGGGCCUUGCCUACUUUGGAGACUCUGGUGUAUUUCUUGAAAGAUUUGUGGAGAACGCUAGACAUGUCGAGAUUCAGUUGAUGGGUGAUGGCAAUGGCAAAGCAAUCGCUAUCGGAGAGCGUGAUUGUUCUUUGCAGCGCCGUAACCAAAAGGUCAUCGAGGAAACUCCGGCGCCAAACCUGAGCGAGAAGACCAGAAUGAGAAUGAGAAAGGCAUCUGAAAGCCUAGGAUCUCUCCUGAAUUACAGAUGCGCCGGUACAGUUGAAUUUAUUUAUGAUGAAAAGAGAGAUGAAUUUUACUUUUUAGAAGUGAACGCAAGGUUGCAGGUCGAGCAUCCUAUCACCGAAAUGGUUACAGGCCUCGACUUGGUUGAGUGGAUGAUUCUGAUAGCCGCUGGAAAUCCUCCUGACUUUGAUGUUGAGAUUCCUGCUUUUGGUGCCUCUAUCGAAGCCCGUCUAUACGCCGAGAACCCUGUGAAAGAUUUCAGGCCCUCUCCUGGGCAACUAACUAACGUCCAUUUCCCUAAGUGGGCAAGAGUUGACACAUGGGUCUCCAAGGGUACAACAGUUUCUGCUGAAUAUGAUCCUACUCUGGCAAAAAUUAUUGUUCAUGGAACUGAUCGUGCAGACGCCAUUGCUAAAUUGAACAAGGCUUUAAAUGAAACUUCUAUCUAUGGUUGCAUUACUAAUAUUGACUACUUGAGAUCUAUUGCGUCAUCUGAGAUGUUCAAAACUGCGAAAGUCGCCACUAAAGUGCUUGAUUCUUUUGACUACAAGCCUUCUGCCUUUGAAAUUACUGCCCCCGGUGCCUAUACGACGGUUCAAGACUACCCAGGAAGAGUUCGCCACUGGAGGAUAGGUGUACCACCAUCUGGUCCUAUGGACACCUACUCAUUCAGACUUGCGAACAGAAUAGUCGGAAAUCAUUACAAGGCUCCUGCAAUUGAAAUUACAUUGAAUGGUCCAAAAGUGCUAUUCCACACCGAGGCCACCAUUGCGAUUACAGGUGGUACCGUGCCCUGCACUGUAAAUGGUGAGUCUGUCCAACAAAACAAACCGAUUAUGGUCAAGAAGGGAGACCAGUUGUCCGUUGGGAAGUUCACCAGUGGAUGCAGAGCCUACCUUGCGAUCAGAGGCGGAAUUGACGUUCCUGAAUACUUGGGAUCAAGAUCAACUUUUGCUCUCGGAAACAUGGGUGGCUACAAUGGUAGAGUUUUGAAGUUGGGUGACGUUUUGUUCCUCAAUCAGCCAGAGCUCGCCUCCUCAGCUAUUCCUGCUCCUAUCUUUUCUCCUUCCGAGCCAGACGCCAGUUUGUUGCCUGCCAUUCCUGAUUCAAAGGAGUGGCGCAUUGGUGUUACCUGCGGACCUCAUGGCUCGCCAGAUUUCUUCAAGCCAGAAUCAGUUGAAGAAUUUUUUGGCGACAAAUGGAAGGUUCACUACAACUCUAACAGAUUUGGCGUUAGACUAAUUGGACCAAAGCCAAAAUGGGCUAGAAAGGAUGGUGGCGAAGGUGGAUUACAUCCAUCAAACGCACAUGACUACGUCUACUCUCUUGGUGCCAUCAACUUUACGGGUGAUGAACCUGUGAUAAUUACAGCUGAUGGGCCUUCUCUAGGAGGAUUUGUUUGUCAAGCUGUCGUUCCAGAGGCUGAACUAUGGAAGGUCGGCCAAGUGAAACCUGGUGACUUUAUUCAGUUUGUUCCAGUUUCUUAUCAGUCUGCUAGAUUGUUGAAAGAGUCUCAGGACCAUGCCAUUGAAUCUUUUGAGAAGGGCGCACUCAAAAACUUAACUUCUGAGCUGGUUUUGCCUACUGCACAAAAUCCCAUUCUCGCGCAAUUGCCAAAGUCUUCGGAAUAUUGUCCUAAGGUGACCUACCGUCAAGCGGGUGAUCGUUAUAUCUUGGUCGAGUAUGGGGAAAACGAAAUGGAUUUGAAUAUCUCCUACCGUGUCAACAGACUCAUCAGCUUAGUUGAAGAGAACAAAACCGUGGGUAUUGUUGAAAUGUCACAGGGUGUGCGCUCGGUCUUGGUGGAAUUUAACGGAUACAAAAUAACCCAGAGCUCUCUGCUGAAGACCUUGGUUGCUUACGAACAGGAAAUCAAGUUUGACAAAAACUGGACUAUCAAAUCGAAGGUGUUCAAAUUACCUCUUGCUUUCGAGGAUUCUGAAACAUUGAACUGUGUAAAGCGUUACCAAGAGACCAUUCGCUCCAAAGCGCCUUGGUUGCCAAACAACGUUGACUUCAUUGCUAACGUCAAUGGCAUUAAACAUUCGGAUGUCGAGCAAAUGUUAUACCACGCCAGAUUUAUGGUUUUGGGUCUUGGUGAUGUCUUUUUGGGUGCCCCUUGCGCUGUUCCUUUGGACCCAACACACAGAUUUUUAGGUUCCAAGUAUAAUCCUUCGAGAACUUACACAAAGAAUGGUACUGUGGGUAUUGGAGGUAUGUACAUGUGCAUCUACGCCAUGGACUCUCCAGGUGGUUACCAAUUGGUGGGGCGGACUAUCCCUAUAUGGGACAAGCUUCAACUUGGAGCUCACUCCGGGGACCACCCUUGGUUACUGACACCUUUUGACCAAGUUGAGUAUUACCAGGUUACUGAAGAAGAACUGAACAAGUUCACCGAAGAAUUUGAAAAUGGCCAGUUCAAAGUGCAAAUUGAAGAGACCGUAUUUGACCACCAUCAAUAUUCAGCAUGGAUAGAGGCUAACUCUGGUGCUAUUGAAGAGUUCCAAAAGAAGCAGAAAGGAGAAAAGGCAGAAGAGUUCGCGAAGCUGAUUCGUGAGGCCGAUGCUGAGCUAGCAAAAGCACCUGCUGCCUCGAGCUCUGUUGAUGAGGAAUUCCCCGAAGACGCAGAGAUGGUUUACUCUGAGUACUCAGGGCGGUUCUGGAAACCUAUGGUUUCUGCAGGUGACACAGUGAAGGCAGGUGACGGUUUGAUCAUUGUUGAAGCCAUGAAGACUGAGAUGAUCGUUCCCGCUCCUAAAGGUGGCAAGGUUUUGAAGGUUGUUCACAACAAUGGCGAUAUGGUUGAAGCAGGGGAUGUUGUUGCAGUUAUUCAGUAA